AUGCAGCCUGCUUCCACAAAGUGGUGUGAUCAAAGUGGGUAUGUCUUCAUUAGAUUUGUGUUAAAAAAUAGUAAAGACAGUAAAGUAAAUUUUGAAAAAUCCAAACUUACUUUCAGUUGUUUUAGAGGAAGUGAUCAUUUUAAACAUUUAAAUGAAAUUGAUAUUUUUAACUAUCUUGAUCCAAAUGAUUCCAAGCAUAAAACAAUGGACAGAUACAUUUUAUGUUUUUAUGAAAAAGGAGAAUCUGGCCAGUCAUGGCAAAGGUUAAGAACAGAAAGGACACAGCUUAAUUGGCUUAGUAUUUUGAACAACAUGGGUGGCGAUGAGGAUAUAGAUCUACCAGAAUAG